GAGUAAGGGAGAAUCAAACAGGUUCACAUAGUGCUGAUUAGGGAGCAUUGUGCUAUUUGGAGAGAAUCCAGCAUGUUAACAUUCCUAAUAUCGUUGACAAAAGUCAAAACAAUAUUAGGCCAUAGCAACUACAAUUCUAGGAAUUCCUGGAAAUCCAAACAGCAAUACAAAUAAACAAAAAAAGAUGAAGGAAAUUCUGCAAAUGACCAAAUAAUAGUUCAUUUACAAGAUAGCGCAGAUGUGCAUAUGUACAAAGGGAGUGCAACAGAAGUAUUCUAAACUGAUCCGGAGUUGUGAGUGUAGACGGGGUUCAGUAAUAAAUAUAAAUGCCCACAACGACGAUGCUAAGAUGCUAAGUCAAGUCCAAGUUAAAACUGGAGAGGGGCAGACUCCUGAAUGGAGUUCCCUUCUCAUUAACGUUUGAACAGCAGCAGGAGUUUCAGUUCAACAUCAGUGCUGACUGAUAAGGAAUGCCAGCAGAACCAGUUGGAUCUGCCUGAGCUGUGACUCACCUGCCAGGCUCAAGCAGGUAGAACUGGUCCGAUAGGUGAGUCCCACGAGGUCAAUAAAUGACAGAGCUCAGUUCCUGAGUCAGUCAGUGAUUCGCAGGUGGAUCAGACGCUGUAACAAACCAUGUAUCUCCUGUUGUUGGUCGGUGUGGUUCUGGGAGCUUACAUCAUCCUCACACAGACUCUCUUCAAAAGAUCCAAAUGCAAAGGAAACGCAGCGAUGGCCGGGAAGACCGUCAUCAUCACAGGAGGCAACACCGGCAUCGGUAAAGCCACGGCUCUGCACCUGGCCAGGAAGGGAGCCAGAGUGAUCCUGGCCUGUCGUAACCGGGACAAGGCCGAGGCUGCUAUCAGAGAUAUACAACAGGAUACAGGAAGUACUGAUGUGCUCUACAUGCAGUUGGACCUGGCCAGUCUGAAGUCCGUCCACUGCUUUGCCAAAACGUUCCUGAAAACUGAGUCCAGGCUGGAUCUGCUCAUCAACAACGCUGGUCUGGUAGCUGACGGGCGGACGGAAGACGGCUUCGGCAUUGGGUUUGGGGUGAACCACCUGGGUCACUUCCUGUUGACCUGCCUGCUGCUGGAUCGUCUGAAGGAGGCGGAGGAAGCUCGAGUGGUCUCUUUGUCCUCCAUGGCUUACCGCUGGGGACACAUCGACUUCAACGCUCUGGAGGCAAACGGACACCUGGGCACCGGCAGGUACAGCUGGCAGUUCUUCCACGCCUACUGCAACAGUAAACUGUGUAACAUGCUCUUCACCCACGAGCUCGCCAAGAGGCUGAAAGGAACCAACGUCACCUGCUACAGCGUCCACCCAGUUCAGGUAGUGCGACAUCCUUAUUGA